CAAUGUCAACAUGUCAACAAUGUCAACCUCUGUCAUGGCUACCUCAGGAAUGUCUAAAUGUUUGUUUAUAAUAUUACUAUUUCAUUCUAUAAAAGGAGAGGUCUGGAAACAACCACAGCUGAGAGAGGAUUCAGAUGAUGAUUAUGAUUCAUUCAAUCCACUCGAUCCAGGGGAACCUCCUCCUGACUUACUCGUCCAACAAGGUUACUCGAACUCCAUACACUCUACACAACUCAAACGUUACAAGUGCCACUCUUGUGAGCCACCUGACUGUUCUAAUCUCUCUGUGUGUACUAACGCGUUUCAGUGUUGGAAAUCCAGAGUACGAGAAAGCUCGGGAGAAGAAAGUGUAACAAGAGGAUGUACUAUAAGUCAAGAACAACUUCCGUUGUACUGUAGGACUCCUGCAGUAACUAUCCAACACAAGCGGCAGGCCAGCGGACAGUUUCAGAUCGACUGCUGCAUAGGGGAUUUUUGUAAUGACGGCCCGUUUCCCGAACUGCCUCCAUUGUAUCAGGAAGCUUCAGGUCCUUAUUCUGAUUCUUUAAUAUAUGGUUUGAAAAUUUUUGCAGCCAUUCUUGGUCCGUUAGCGGUGUUUGGUGCAAUUGGAGUUAUAGCUUUGUAUUUUCUAAGGAGGUACUACAGAAAUAGGUUAUGCAAUGAUCAUCGGAUGGACCCUGAUACGUACUUUGCUUCUGAUGAUUUGCUCAGGGCAACUGCAGCUGGGGAUAGUACUCUGAGAGAGUACCUGGAACAUUCAAUGACAUCUGGUAGCGGUUCUGGAUUGCCACUUCUAAUCCAGAGAACUUUAGCCAAACAAAUAUCAUUAGUAGAAUGUAUUGGCAAAGGCAGAUAUGGAGAAGUAUGGAGAGGUAUUUGGCAUGGGGAAAGCAUUGCUGUAAAGAUAUUUUUCUCUAGAGAUGAGGCCAGUUGGACAAGAGAAACUGAAAUAUACAGCACUAUUUUACUUCGACAUGAGAAUAUUUUAGGAUAUAUCGGAUCUGAUAUGACUUCAAGAAACUCCUGUACUCAGCUUUGGCUGAUUACACACUAUCACUCAUUAGGUAGUCUGUACGAUUACCUAAAUUACACUUCUUUGUCUCAUCAGCAAUUAAUGAGACUGUGUCUGACACUAGCCAAUGGUUUAGUUCAUUUGCACACAGAAAUAUUUGGAACACAGGGAAAACCGGCAAUAGCUCAUAGAGACAUCAAAAGUAAAAAUAUCUUAGUGAAGAGUAAUGGUACUUGUUGUAUAGCAGACUUUGGACUGGCGGUUACCCAUUUUCAGUCUAAUGAUUAUUUAGAUAUAGGAUCCAAUCCCAGGGUGGGAACAAAACGUUAUAUGAGUCCUGAAGUUCUUGACGAGUCUUGCUCUCUGGAAUGGGGAAGCUAAUGAGAGAAUGCUGGCAUCAAAAUUCCAAUGUUCGUCUUCCUGCCCUUCGAAUAAAGAAAACUCUUCUCAAAUUAGCCUCUACAGACACAAUCAUAAAUUUGGACGAUAUGGAAAUAUGUGUGUAAGACUCUGUUGAAGAUAAUAUAUCAAGAAUCAGACUGGAAGAGAAUGUGAGUUGGUAGUGGCCUAUCGAAUUAACUUUACGUUUCGUGUUUUUAAUUUUUAUUUGAAAAUUUUAUCUUGACGGGCACAUCUAGAUCGAAAUCUUGCCUAAUUGCAGCUUCAUGUAAGUUAUACAUCGAAGAAUCUAUGGGGAUAAUUGUAAAACCUAUGAUGUAUUCCAGAUGAUAACUCCGAAAACUAACGUCAAGAAUGAUUUAGUAUUUGUGUCCUUCAUAAAAAUGCACUUCUUUCCUCAAAGUUAUAAUGCUUCACAGGUUUUCAUCUUAUCAAAUCUUCUCAAUAUGAAUUGGAUGAAAAUUACGGUGAUUCAAUAAAAAUUUAAAUAAUUCCAAAAAAUACAUGUUUAUAGAAGGAAUGAAAUACAAUAACUAUUAUGAUUCAAUAUGAAUAAAAAAAUAAUAAGUUAAUUAAUACUAAGUAGAACCAGGUGAAAUUCAAAGGUUUUUGUGUUCAUGGAAUUAACCAUUAUCUUCAACAGAUAAAAAAUACUUUGUAACAGUUUUCUUGAAUUUAAUAGCAGAAUUGAUGUUCUUCAUGUAUUCGGGCAAAUUAUUGUAAAUUGUUAUUCCAUAAUGAAUUUUAACCAACUCUACUAUGUAUUUGGAUAGUUUUUAAAAGUUUUGAUUCUCUUGUUGAGUGUUCAUGACAAUCAGGAUUGACUAUAACGUCUGUAUUUAUGUCUUGUCAAAUACUUAUUUUUGUUUUGAACAAUGUAUCAACGUCCAGUAAGUUUCUGGGUUUGAAUAAUUUAGUUUUUGGUUCUAGGAAUGGCAAGCAAGUUAUAUUUUAAAUAUUUUCAUGACUUUGCGUUUCUCUUCAGAACUGAGAAUUAUUCUUAGACUUUAAUUUUGAUUAGGUUGUACUCAGUUGAUGAACCGCGUAUUUAGGAAAAUAUUUUAAUGUUUUGGUGUGUGAUUUUCUUGAGAUUAAUUCGACAAGACUAUACUACAAUGGAAAAAUAGUUAGGUAUUUGGUAUACUAGGAAGACCAUUUCAGAAACUGACCAAUUUAAAAGGAAUUCCUAGUUGCCAGAACAGUUAAUAUAUAGUGACAGAUUUCAGAAUAUUGGGUCCAGUGGAAUUUUGAAAAAUGAUUUUUCUUUUUAAUUUCAUAUAUUGUCUCAGUUGAAUUUUUGUUGAAGAAGAAUUUUAUUUUGAAAUAGUUGAAAGAGAUUGUCUGUAUGUGACAACUAAUGGAAGACUGGGCACAUGUUUUUUUGUGUCAAAUGCUGAUUUUUUGAAUUAUUUCUGUAUAGUAUUAGUGAUACAAUUGUCAACCAUAGUGAACAUAUCCAGGGCAUACUCAGGACUUUGAUUUGGGAUGGGGACUGACUUACAACAUUUCAACAAUGCAACUUAGGUAGCUAUGUACAAAAUUGAAAUUAUUUCAAUAUCACAAUUCUAAUGUAUACAUUUUUCCUUCAUAUCUAGUAUUUAGAACCCAUUAAUCAAAAAAUACAAAAAACUCUAUAUGCUAGAUUUUUUAAAUGCUCAAUAAUUGUUAAAAAUAUGUUAGAACACAUUUUCCUAACACUCAGUUAUUUUUUAAUAUUUGUAUCACUUGCAUAGUAAUUUAAUUAAUUCUCAAAUGUCUUUUCAUACUGUCUUUAUGAUGAUAUCAGUGACUAAUAGUGAAGAGAUAUUUUUACAGAACAUUCAUUAUUUUAUUCAAGAUACAAUUUCUCAUUGAAAGGCUCUGUGUAAACAUAUGGGGUUGUGUAGGUAAAUACCUAGCGGUUCGAAAGUUAUAACGAAAAUAGAUUUGAAAUAUAUAUUAUUUUCAAAAUUGAACUUCUCCAUCAAAAACUUUCAAAACAAAAUUUCAGACUGAAAUAAAUUCUAGACAAAUUGAUAGAUCUUCUGGUCAUCCUCUCAGGAAUAUGAAAAGACCGUUUUUUUAUGACAGGUUGUUCAGGAGACUAAUCUUGAGAACAUGACUGUUAUUGAACUUGAAAAAAAACAUAAAAAUUAUUGAAAACUUGGAAAGGGGUAGGGCAACAUAUUUGUAAAAAAAAUUAAUACCAAGUUCAAACUCUGAAUUCAACAAAAUAUCGAGUUAAAGUUG